AUGGUGAACUGUGUGGUUUUAGCUCCUCCCCCUCUCCCCUCCUGCCUCCCUCUCCUCCCCCUCUCCCCUCCUGCCUCCCUCUCCUCCCCCUCUCCCCUCCUGCCUCCCUCUCCUCCCCCAUCUCCCCCCCCUCCUGCCUCCCUCUCCUCCCCCAUCUCCCCCCCCUCCUGCCUCCCUCUCCUCCCCCAUCUCCCCCCCCUCCUGCCUCCCUCUCCUCCCCCAUCUCCCCCCCCUCCUGCCUCCCUCUCCUCCCCCCCUCCCCUCCUGCCUCCCUCUCCUCCCCCUCUCCCCCCCUGCCUCCCUCUCCUCCCCCUCUCCCCCCCUGCCUCCUUCUCCUCCCCCUCUCCCCUCCUGCCUCCCUCUCCUCCCCCAUCUCCCCCCCUCCUGCCUCCCUCUCCUCCCCCUCUCCCCUCCUGCCUCCCUCUCCUCCCCCCCUCCCCCCCUGCCUCCCUCUCCUCCCCCUCUCCCCUCCUGCCUCCCUCUCCUCCCCCUCUCCCCUCCUGCCCUCCCUCUCCUCCCCCUCUCCCCUCCUGCCUCCCUCUCCUCCCCCCUGUGUCUGGGAUGUUGGUUUGA